CUUUAUGAACUGGAUUCUUCAUUUAUUCCAAUCAUAUGGGGCUGUUGCCGGGCUCGUUUCUCUGCCCAAAUUUAUAUUUUUCUACCAUCUCGACUUCAUGCGCAUAGACCCUUGUAUUUGUUUUCUGCCAAUCGUCUCUCGUACUCGACCCUUGUCUCGUCUGUUUCGUUGCCCGACUUUGCAUCUCGUUGUCCACACUUCAGGCACUUGGGCCCAGUUACAAUUGUGUACUUUGCUCAGGCUGCCUCUUUUCCCAACCCCAGGUUCUGUGAGUCUGUCCUUGGAUCGGCGCUAGGCCCCUCAGUCUUUCUGUGCCCCUCUAUCCCUUCGCAUGAAUGGCCAGUCCAAAACCGUGUUGUAUUAAGCAGAACCGAUAAGAGCGUCCGUUUCUGUGUCUAUGACCUGCCAGAACAUGAGCACACAGUUUGCCUUGUCAGGCAGGUUUCACGGCCCCAAUCCGAAUGGGCGGAGCCAGCUCAGCCUCCCUCCAAACUGAACCGCCCGCUUCGAUCACAUAAUCACCGGCUUUCUCAACCCACCAAACUGGCCAGAACUCGGCUACCGUCGGUCACUGUUCAUCCGGAUGGACACAUGACACCCACAGAUUGGGAUGGGCAAAUUGGCGACUUGGCUCAGCGUCGCUUGUCCAACAAGCCUCUACUCAUUUCGAGUCAGAUGGUCAAAUCUGAACACAUACCAUCCUCCGGUGACAAAUUUUCCCAAAUACUAUCCAUCACCCUAUUAAGAUGGGUAUAG